AUGUAUAAUAAUUCAAGAGAUCCUCCUAAUCAAAUUCUUCUUCUAAUUCUGAAUUCAUUGCCUUCCUCUUUUCCUUUGAACAAUUCUUUCAUACAUCAAAAAUUCAAUGAGUAUGGAGAUAUUAAUAAGAUUCUUAUUUUUGAAAGAGGUAAAACAACCAAAGCCUUUGUUGAAUUUCAUGAACUGAAAAGUGCUAUUUAAGCUAGAAGGUAAUUGAAUGGGUGCAAUGUUUAAGGAGGAAAAAUGAUAAUUCAUUUUUCUCGGCUUAAAAAUCUUAAUCUCGAAAUAGUGGAUAAUUCAAGAGGAACAGAUUAUACAUAAGCUAGUAGUAAUAGUUAGAAUUCGGAUUCUAUACUAAACUCAAGAACUGACGAAAAUAUUUAGCUUGAUUUAACUAAUCAUAUUAGUCAAACUUAAUCACCAAGAGCUAAUUCUAGUCCUAUUAGAAACGAAUAAAUCAAUCGUCUGUUAGAAUCAGAUGAUGAAGAUGAUUUAACGAUUUGGAAAUAGGCAAUCCCUUUGAAUAUCUCAGAAUUUCAUUCAGACAUAUAAAAAUUACUUCAACAGAGGUAAUCAAGAUUAUUACGAAUCUUAAACUUUGAUUCUAAAAUCACUGGGAAAAUGAUUUAUAAUGUCUUUUCUAAGUUUGGCAAUUUAGAAGAAAUCUUAUAUGAAAAAUCAUUUUCCAGAGCCUUUAUUAAAUAUUAAUCAGUAAAUUAGGCAAUUAUUGCAAAAGAAUAUCUCAAUAAUAUUUAAUUUUUUGAUUCAUAAAUAAGAAUUUAUUUUGAACCUCUCUAAUCACUUUAACCAACUUCUUUUUAGGACGAGUAUAUGAUCUAUUAUCAUGACAAUCAAUUAUUCAACACUAGUCCACUCUCCUCAAAUCUCUUGAUCACAUGUGUUUAAGAUCCCUCUGAAAUCUCUGAACAAAUCUAAAUGUUCGCAAAAGCUAAAGAAAUUAAAUUAGGAGUAAAUAAUAUUCAUUUGACUAUGUAUUCUAAUGCCGAUGCACUAAAAAUUAUAGCUGUGUUUUCAGAUUAUGAAUUCUAAAAUCAGAAAAUGAAUAUCAUUCUCAAAUGA